AAUUCUCCCGCACGCAACCUCUACUUUCAGGUACUGCUCAGAUUAUAGAUUCCAAAGGUAUCAUCAUGGCUGUUUGGGACAAGAAAGUCCUUUUUGCCACAGCGCUUAUCGUCUACACUCUUUCAGUCUUAUUGCACAAACAUUUCAAGUGUAACUUGGCCUCUGUCGUUGAUAAACUGUGCUCAGCUUAUAAGGCAGGUCACGUGUCAGGUCCAUUAUGCCCCGAUCUCUGUAGCUCACAAAGCAUUUUCCAUCUUGGAAAUUGCCUCAGUACGGUGCCUGAUAAGAAGAUUUAUAAUGGAGAAUGGCAAGGAGAGAAAGUUAUCUUCAAAAUUAACAUGAGCUGGUUUGAAGAGUUUGAAAGGCGUCAGAUAAUAGCAGACAUUUCAGUUGUAUCAUCAUAUCAAGAAGAUGUCUCCUCCAGAGUGAAGGCAUUGUUUGGCGACUGCUCUCAUUGCAACAAACUCGUAUCUCGUUUGCUGUUACUUGGUGACGGAGACGGAGAUAAGACGAUUUCAGCGUCGGAGGGUAGAACAUUCAUCUCGUUACUGCAGCUUGUAGAACCCAUGAUGUUGAUGGUCCUUAAUGAGAGUAAACACACAGUAGAUUUCUUUGGGUAUUGUGGUGGACUAUACGCUGUGGAGGAAGUGUCUUUUGUUGCUUCUGACGUGUUUGGGGACACUUGGGAGUUAACGGAACUCUCACUCUUUCCUGAUGUCUUUGAACCGAAGCAAAAAGUGUUCAAUGAUCUCAGCAGUAGAGCUAUGAAAUUUGUUGGCUCUUCUUUGUUAAAAAUGGCUGGCAACUUUGGUUAUGCGAGUACUGUUGCAAAGUGCCCCAUCAUAAGUGCGUUUUUUCAUGUAUACAUCAACAGCAUACGCAAAAAAUUUGACUUCGCUUACUCUCUGUUGGACGCAACUUUAGAUGUAUCUACUUCUCGUUAUGGCUUGACGCAGCUCUGUGAUGUACAUCUGGGAAAUUAUGGAAUCACAACUACGUCGACAGUGAAACUUCUUGAUCUUGAUCUGAUGUAUCCUCACGUUUUUCUGCGAACUCUUUUGGAACAGAAAAAGUGCGUUUCUGACUGGGACUGUUUUGUGGGUCGAUUUGACUUUUGCUGGUCAACUUGCGAUAAGACCAAAGGCACUUGUAAAUCGCUUUUAGGUAUCCAGGACUUACAUAUGGUAUGUGAGGGGGUUUUUCCUCAAUUAUUUAAAAGUCCAAAUUACCUGGAACCAACAGGUCACAACAUGACCUGCUUGGAAAGAGUUAUGAGAAAGCUGGCAGUCUUUUGUAGUAAGAUACCAGUGGUGUACUCAAGCGAAGAAUUGCAGAGAAACAUUCUGACAGUUAAAAAGAGGCUGAAAUCAGUUUACGUUAUGGUUGCCAACGAAUGUUAG